UCCACAAAAAAUUUUAUUCUUCUUCAAGCAAACGUUGUGAGUGGUCGGAUCCAUUUCGUUCGUUCAUUUAAAUUAAUUUAUAUUAUUAAAAAAUAUAUAUCAAAACAAAACUAUCCAUAAAUAAAACUAAAAUGCCGAAUUCAGACAGUCAACAAUCCAAUGGAAAUUACAACAAUCGCAAUGACGAUGAUGAUGACAUCCAUGAGCCUGAACAUAUGCGAAAACUUUUCAUUGGAGGACUAGAUUACCGCACCACCGAUGAUUCUUUAAAAUCUCAUUUCGAGCAAUGGGGAAAAAUUGUCGAUGUUGUGGUUAUGAAGGAUCCAAAAACGAAACGGUCACGCGGCUUUGGUUUCAUUACUUACUCCCACUCUUAUAUGAUCGAUGAUGCCCAAGCGGCUCGCCCUCAUAAAAUUGAUGGGCGUGUAGUCGAACCAAAGCGUGCUGUUCCACGUCAGGAUAUCGAUCGCCCCGAUGCUGGUGCUUCGGUUAAGAAAUUGUUUGUUGGUGGACUUAAGGAUGAUCACGAUGAAAAUUCUUUGCGUGAUUAUUUUUCAUCGUAUGGCAAAAUUCUUUCUGUCAAUAUUGUCAUGGACAAAGAAACUGGCAAACGAAGAGGUUUUGCUUUUAUUGAAUUUGAGGACUAUGACCCAGUUGAUAAAAUUGUUUUACAGAAAAACCACACCAUUAAGAAUAAAUCUCUAGAUAUUAAGAAAGCCUUGCCUAAACAUGAAAUGGAUCGCGGAUCUGGCGGAGGUGGCCAGGGAGGCGGUGGUAUGCGUGGUGGCCGUAUGGGCGGUGGACGUAAUGACCGUGGAAAUAAUCAAGGCAACAAUGGUUGGGGCGGCAAUCGCAACCAAAAUGAUAAUUGGGGUGGAAAUAGUAACUUUGGCGGUGGCUACAAUGGUGGCAAUCAAGGCGGUGGUGGUGGAGGUAAUUGGAACAACCCAUGGGAUAAUGGUAACCAAGGAGGAAGCGGCGGUGGUGGCUGGAACCAAGGAGGUGGUGGUGGUGGCUUCAAUAAUGGAGGCAACCAAGGUGGCAAUUGGGGAGGCAAUAAUGACAAUUUCGAUGAUGGAUUCCAACAGAACUUUGGUGGUGGCCCAAUGAGAGGUGGUAAUAACUUUGGCAACAACCGCAUGAAUCCCUACGGAGGUGGUGGUGGCGGUGGAAACUUUGGAAAACCCAUGGGUAAAAAAUUGCCAGGUCGCAUUGAGUCUUAAAGAUAAAUUAUAACAAAAUCAAAAAAGGCAGAAAGAGAGAGAGGGAGAGACAGUGAGGCGAAUAAAAAGAUUGGAAGUCAGAAAGAAAUAGGCAUAUUGUAUUAUAAAAAAAUAGAGUAUUGCAAUGAACCAAGAAAAGGCAAGAAGUUGUUGUAAUUUAUAAUCAGAGUUUUAAGAAAAUCAACAUAAAACAAAAGAAGAAGAAACUACGAAAUUACUUUUAACAAUUUUGACUUCGGCCAAAGAGAAGACCAAGAAUUACAGAACAAAAAAUCUUUCAAGCUCUAGAUCUGACAGUAAAAAAUCGCUUCCAAAAAAACAAAACAAAC